AUGUCUGUUUCUGCGCUUCAGCGGGACACUGCGUUCCAGGCCCGGUCUCUAUUCCGGUCUUUGCUUCGUCAAUCCUCACAAUUCUCUAACUACAACUUCCGCGAGUACGCCCUUCGAAGGACCAAAGAUGCCUUCCGCGAACAUCAGCAUGAGACUCAGGAACGGAGAAUUCAAGAGCUGAUACAGGAGGGACUACAGAGCUUGCGGAUGAUGAAGAGACAAACCGUGAUCAGUCAGUUCUAUCAAUUGGAUAAGUUGGUUGUGGAGGGCCAGAAAACAGGAAAGGAAACCGGACAGGAAGGAGGAAUUGUUCGCCAAAAGGAUACUGGCUGGGACUGA